AUGGGUAAUGCUAAUGUUGACCUUGCUGACUUGGAACCAUACAUGAAGUUCCUGAUGGACAAUGAUUCAGAUGAGUCAAUUGACAGAAUUCUAAGCUGUGAUGUACCCCAGGACGUGGUCGGCAACAUGGACCUUUGGACCUUCGAUGGCAUGCCGUUGAAUAAGUAUUCUGGGAUCAACAAGUGCUUCUGUCUGGUGCCUCUAGAAUCGAGCAGUAGCGAUGGUCUGCUAAAAGGAAGAGAAAGAACUAGUUCAGGGGGAUCCGCCGCCGCCCUUGCGGGUGUACGUGUCUGGCUUGGCACUUACAACUCCGCCGAGGAAGCUGCAAGAGCCUAUGAUGUUGAAGCCCGCAGAAUUCGUGGCAAGAAGGCAAAGGUCAAUUUCCCAGAAGAAGCUCCUAUGGCUCCUCAGCAACGCUGCGCUACCUCUGUGAAGGUGCCCGAGUUCAACACCGAACAGAAGCCGCCUCAGAACAUGUCGUUUGUGCCUACAAUGAAUGCAGUUGAGGCCCCUUUCAUGAAUUUUUCCUCUGACCAGGGGAGCAACUCCUUCAGUUGCUCAGACUUCAGCUGGAAGAAUGAUAUCAAGACCCCUGGCAUAACAUCUGUGCUUGCAUCCAUUCCCACCUCAACAGAGGUCAAUGAAUCUGCAUUUCUCCAGAACAAUGGCAUUAAUUCAACAGUACCUCCUGUGAUGGGUGAUGCUAUUGUUGAUCUUGCCGACUUGGAGCCAUACAUGAAGUUCCUGAUGGACGAUGGUUCAGAACAGUCAAUUGACAGCAUUCUAAGCUGUGAUGUACCCCAGGACGUGGUCGGCAACAUGGACCUUUGGUCCUUCGAUGACAUGCCCUUGUCUGCUGGUUUUUACUGA